AUAAUCUAAUCAAUCUAAUCUAGAUUCUAGAUGACGAGAUCUAGAAAUCAAGUAGAGGCAGAGCGAGAUUUAUAUUUUAAGACAUUAAGUAGAUUAAGAUUUAAAUUCGGUAAUCAUUCGACGGUUGGGUCCCCGCUGAAAAAUGCUACGCAAGUGGCAACAUCCUGUCUAUCCUCACUGUGUCUAGAGUUUGUAGACAAAAUCAAUGAGAAAUAAUACUUGGUAAUGGGAAAUGGUUGAAGAAGUUUAUAAGAAAAUGGAAUAUUCAGAUGAGUUGGAGAACAAUGAAAACAUUAAGAGCACUUCAAAGCCUGGUCACUUCCCUUUACCCUGUUUGUCCAGUGGCAAUCGACGCUGCAUGGAUGGCAGCUGUAUUGCUAGUGUUGAUUUGUGUCCUGAAGAGCUAGAGUUGAAUAAAAGUACAAUAGUCAUAAUGCUGGUAAUAGGUUUGACAGUUCUAUUUUGUUUGUUAAUUCUUUAUUGUUAUAAGCAAAGAUCUCAAAGAAGGCGCCAGGAAACUAAUAACAAUCAACAUGUUGUUACUGAGAAUGAAGAUAACAUUUCCCUCAACAUUCCUCCACCUAAUUAUGAUGAAGUUGUCAGCAGUAAUCUAUAUCCUGUGACACCUGUGUUCCAAAGAUCUAUGAGAACAUCAUAUGGUGAGGAGCCAAGGACCCCACCCCCAAAUUAUGAUGCUGCUCUCGACAUUCUUGCUCACUCCAGUGAAACAUUAAUGUCCAGCAAAACCCAGCCUAUCAAUCCUGUAGUUCGAAGAUCAAUUUCCACAGAGUUCAACAAUGCUGGCAGAUCCCUGAGGUCAGCAGAACUGGAUUUCCGCAGAGUGUAUUCAAACCCGGACCAAAGAUAAAAUAGUUUGUGCCUUGAAAAUGUUUCCCUAGUCUAUUGAAAUGUUAACUACUAAAAAAAUCUGUUGAAUGUUAUUCACAACAUGAUAUGAAAUUUUGUAAUUGAUUCUACUUCAUGAAAAUGUUUUUUCCAAUCAACUGCAUUUAAAUGCUAAUCUAUGCAUUUUAUUAUUUAUUUUGUUUUUUAAGAUUUUUUUUACAUUGUAAAAAAUUGUUAUUCAUUAAAUUAUUAUUAUGCUAAUGUUAAUAAUUAUUGUUGUUUUACUGUAACAUGUUAAAAUGCAAUAUUGAUGGUCACGCAAUUAUUUAAUAAAAGAAAAACUUUCAGUUUUUACUAAAUUGCCUGAGUAGAAGUUUAUGGUUUUUAGGUUUGGAAAGAAGAGGAAGGCUUAGAAAAUAUAGCAAUCCAUGAACUGUUUAGGAGCUUUCAUAACACUAGCAACUAUGAGGUUACAUUCUAGGUACUGAAAGCAUACAUAACACAUUUAUUCUAAUGACAAGAUUGUUGCAUAUACCACAUGAAUCAUCAUUAAAUUCCACUUGUGAGAGCCUGAAUCAACAUGAUAGCUUUUAAGAAAUUGAUUACUGUCAAUGUUUUCGUGUGGUUAAGCUUAUUUGACCAAAUCUUUGUAUGCCACUUACAUAGAAAAACAAAAGGAAAUUUUAAACUCGUCUCUAAUAUAUUAUCUCAACAGUCUAAUUCACAAAGGUCAUUUUCAACCUGUUUUUACAUUGUUUAUGAAAUUUUUACCACAAUGUUUUAACAAGAUGUUGAUUACAAAUAUUUUAUCUCUUUUGUUGUAUGACCUAAGUAUGUUGUUUGAACUUGUGCUGUGAAUAGUUUAAACUGUCUACAAGUGUUGGUGAUGUGUUAAAUAGACCAGUCAAUGUCUCACAAUAGAUCUGUAUGCCUUAAUAUAAUAUCUCAAAUUAAAAAUGUCAGUAACACAUUAUUAUCAUGAGAAAGGCUUUUAGCUAAACCUGCAAUAUUUCAAAUAAGAACAAAAUAACAUUAAAAUGUAGUGUCAGCUUUCUGAUAUUCUGCUACACUUCAGUUUGCUCACAACUUAAGGAUUUUUUGUUACUUUUACAACCAACAUUUUGUAAAGAAGCAUUUCUAAAGAGGGAGCUUUUUUAAUCAAACACUUCCACAUUGUAUUUCCAUGGCAUUCCUUUGAAAAAAAGAAUUUCAUUACCUUCAUAGUUUUAUUCUGAUCCACUAUUGUGCAUUAAGUUUAUUUUUCUUUAAACAAAAUUAUUAUUUUUUCACUUUCAAUUUUAUUCAUUCAUUCCAUUUACACAGAUAUAUUAUAGACCAGCACUGAACCUCCUCAAAAUGACUGAUUUUGUGGUGGACAUAAUGAUAUAUAUAUAAUUAGAUAUUCUUUAGUGCUUAGUGCUGUUCCUUUUUUACAAGUACAGGAUAGGACUUAGGGAUGAUGGGAUGAAUAAAAUACAGUAUUUUAUUUUUUUAUUAUCUGAUGAGAAAAUGCAUGGCCAGAAGCUUAUAUGUAAGAAAUUAUCUUUUUUUAAAAAUAUAUGUAAGAAAUUAUCUUUUUUUAAAGUUGCAAAUACGCAUUUGUAAAAAGUUAAUUCAGAAAUUUUUCUAAGAAUUGGCUGUAAAUGUUUUAAAUUUAUUUAUAUUAUUAGUAUAAUUAUUUAUUUUUUUUUGCAUAAUUUAAAAGUGAUCAAUUAUAAAAUAGUUUGUUACUGUCACAAUUGUAUUGAUGCAAUCAAGAGCUUGUUAUACGGUGUGAUCAAAAAAGAAUGCACCAAAACCAUUGCACUAUAUUUCAUAAAUUAAAAAAAAACUAUUGAUUCCUAGCUAGACACAGUUGUUGUAUUUAUGACAUUGUACAUAAUUCCAAGUUUUUAUUUCAUGCUUUACAAUUGCUCAAUGUGACCACAAACAUCAUCAAGCUAAUAUGAAAAUUCCUCUCAAACGUGCUUCAGGAUGCACACUAUAGAAUGAUAUUUACUGGCAAUGGUGGAACAAAAACUUUGUCUUGAACAUACCCCAUUGGGAAAAAGUUGCACACAGUGAGGUCAGGGGGCCUGGCAGGGCAAGUGCUGGAAACAAGGUCAAAUCGACCUCUUUUGAGGAAUCAUUUCGAAGGUGAAUAAAUGACAUCCAGUUAAACAAAGAUAACUCCUAUAUCAAAUGACCACUAAUUCAGUCCAUUACAAUGCUUUUGAAAUAAAUAAAUGCUUGAUGAUUUUGGCACAUUCUUUUUAAAUAAACCUGUACUUUGACAUAAUUAAGGCUGUUUUGCAUUUGUUAAGCAAUUGCUCAUUUCACUUUGGAUGUUUUCAUUUUUUUUUAUCCUGAUGUAUGUGAUUAUACUAUAUCCUUUAAAUGAAAAUUGUAUUACCUGAAUGUAAGAUAAGGUCAUUGAUUUUUUUUCAAUUAACAAUUUCUGAUGUUACUUUGUGAACAAGUAUGCUGGUGAUUUAAAGAAUGCACUGUGUACAGUUAUGACCAGGUUAUCUAACUAAUGGCAAACAUUCCUACUUUAAAAUGUCCAUUAAUAUCUUUAAAUCAUAGUUCAAUCUUAUCCACAACAGGGAUGUUUGGCUGAGGGAAAAAAUGCUAUCAAGGGGUCACGAUUUCAGAACCCAACUCAAGCAGAGCUGUGUUUGCUGAGUGCCUAAAGAUAGCAUGUCCACAAAAGAAAUUCGUACUGAUAAUACUAUGAGUAUGAAAGUUGGACUAUACAAUUGUGAUUUUAAAAAUAGCCUAAAAUCUUGUCAGCUUUCUAGACUUUGAUAAUGUUUAUCUUGUUUUCUCUAGAAAAAAACUAAUGAUAAUGCUGGACAUUUAUUUUAUAGUUCUAAACACAUUGAAGCAUUCGUUCACAACUAACAAAGGAUAACAAUGAAAUAUACUUAACCAAUAUGGUUUAAUUGAAAGGGAAGCUAAUCAGCUUAACUGCAUUCAUUUAUGUGUUCAUUUAUUGAAGUUAUUUGGCAUCAUUGCAAAUUGAAACAGUUGUUAUAUAAAAUACCUAAUAGGUAUGCAUCUCAUGAACUAUGUGAUUUUAAAUUAAUUCAGUUAAAGGGAAUAUUUAUAAUAAUAUCAACUUUUUUUUUUUACCAAAGAGCUUUAUUGUACAGAUAGCUUUUUGAAAUAAAUUUAUGUAAUGCAAUUUUUAUUCUAAACUUUAUUUACAAUUGAAUUUUUAGUUUUUAUCCCAUUACCUUACUUGCAUUAAUAUUGACUAAUAUCAAAGAUUCUGAUACCAUCAAGAUAGAUUUACUUGAAAAUAUCAACAGCUCUAAAGCAUCUUUGAUUACAUUUGUAACAACUUAUACAUUUAUUGUUUAGUUUUUCGCUUUGCCAACAGCCAUGAAAAAAAGUUUCGUGUUUUACAAAUUAAUUACUUAGUUUUCUUCGGAUCCUUAUCUUGUAUUUAACUGUACAAUCUUCCAAUGCUGGUUCAACUAUUACCCUCAGAAAUUCAUUUCAUGUUUUCCCACAAACUAUUUGCUCCCUUCGUUGUAAAGCAGAUGUGAAAAAAUUAUUGGCCUCCUUUUUCAUAUGGCUGUGGAGCCCUAUUUUGGAGAAACACUCCCGUCCACAUAAAUUGCAAGUCAAGUUGGCUUUUGCUUUGGUGGUAGAGGUAGAUAAAUUAACUGCACUAAUUAUCUGUUCAUCAAUUUUAAUGAGCAAGUGUGUGAUUUUAAAAUCCAGCUUUAUUAAACUUUGUUAAGAGCAGUUUUGUUCCCUAUCAAUCCUAUUAGUAAACUUCAUAUUUCUCUGUACUAUAAUUGCAUCUUAGGAGGUGCGGUGGCUGAGUGCUUGGCUUCUGAACCUGGGGUCCUGGAUUCGAAUCUCAGUGAAGAUUAGAAUUUUGAAUUUCUGGAUUAUUAGGGCGCCCCUGAGCCCACCCAACCUUUAUGGCUACUUAACUUUAGUUGGGGAACAUAAAAGUUGGUUGGUCAUUGUGCUGGCCACAUGACACCCUGCUCAUUAACCUUGGGCCUAAGAUACAGAUGACCUUCCCUAUAGAUCUCAAGGUCUGAAUGGGGAACUUUACUUUUAUAGCAUCUUCCUUUUUGCUUUUGGCUAUUAUCAAAAUGUGUCCUUUAUGCUGUUAGUAAUAACCUUUUCAUUGCAUUUUGCAUUUAAAAGAAAGUGUUGAAGAUUCAGAGAUAUCAUAUUAAAGGUUCUAGAGUAAAAAUGCCUUUAUUGAACUGGUACAUUUUUGUAAGACUCUGCAUUUAAUAACCAAUAAGUGAAUGCACAUGUCACAGGCACUUUUAUAUUCUAUAGUAUUUAUCUAUUGUCUUCCUCAUUUGCCAUAGGUAGACCACAUACUUCACUAUGUUGAAGAACAACAUUAUUACAUAUCUUUUCAUUAAGUUAUUUAUAUUAGUUUGCCUUUAUAGAUCUGUUUGGCGUCUUGUGUGUGCACCUUGAACAUCUCAAAACUGUUGAAUCAUUCUUAAGCAAAAAUUAAUUAUUUAAAUAAUCCACCCUAACCCAGUCUGAGGGGAGCACUUUAAUCUCGAAAAAAAGUAAACAUUGAUUAUUACUGGGUUAAAAAGGAAAUAAAGAUUCAGAUAACAUGGUGGUAUAUCAAUAUAAAGCUCAAUAUCAACAAUGAAAUUAAAAGUAUAACUUCUUUUAUUUACAAACUGUUUACAAGUUUAUUUAAUACUUUCAUGAUAUUACCACACACAAAAAUCCAUACAAAUUGUGCUUAUACAUGUUUACUGUUCAUCAGCAUUUCUUGUUACAUCCUAUUGCUUACAGUUAUAAAUAUAUAUAUAUAUCCUGGAUUUUUAUUAUUUGUAAAAUAAAAAUGACUGCAUUUAAGUUUAACCAUAAUAUAGCAUUCUUUUUUUUUUUACUUUGUUAAAAUAAUUUAAUAAACUGGUACUUAUAAUGAAUAGAAAUAAAUAUAAAAACUUUUUUGUUUAAACAAACUUUAUUUUUACAGUGGCUCAUUUGGUAAGCCUUAACAUAGGUGUUGAAAGUACUAUGUAUAAAAUAUAUAGAUUAAUAUGAAGUCUUGUAUAAAAAAAUUUCAAUAAUAAUUGAUACCAGUAUUUAGCAAGUUUAAUAUCAAAGUCAUCAUUUUGAAACCUGCUAUUCAUUCUUUCGCACCACAAAAUAUAACACUCUAAAACU